UAUUUCUACUAGGGAUAAAUAUGUAAUUAAUUUUGAGGAAAAAUUCUAGCCAGAAAAAAAAAAAGGAAUUUCACCAAAAACUGGGUAUUACUGUUUAAUUUCCUCAAACUUGACACGGAUAGGAGCCAAAAGGAGGAGGGAAAGGUAGCUACUAGCUAGUGCCGUGGCAGACAUCUCAGUCGGGUCUGCGACAAGCGACAAGUUUCUGUGUUGCCAAAGAUCUAGUAGAAACUUAAAUCUCAAAUUUGUCUAAAAUCUCACUACUUCUUCAACAAAAGUCUUCUUUCAACAUCAAUGGGUUCUCUUCCAAUACAAACCAUCCUAUUUAUCUUUGUCUUUAUCAUUCCCCUCACUCACUCUGUUCCUUUCAUUGUUUUGCAUGGCAUUGGGGAUAAAUGCAGCAAUAAAGGAAUUACACAUUUCACUGAGCUCCUUAGCAACUGGUCCAGUUCUCAAGGAUACUGCUUAGAAAUUGGAGAUGGCUCUUGGGAUUCCUGGACAAUGCCGCUGUUUGAACAACUCCCAAAUUUUGAUUUCAUUUUACAGGUGAAGAACAUGAGUGAAUUGAGUGAUGGAUACAACAUAGUUGGACUUUCACAGGGAAAUUUGAUUGGUCGAGGUGUAAUUGAAGUUUGUGAUGGAGGACCUCCUGUGAAAAAUUUUGUAUCCAUUGGAGGUCCUCAUGCUGGUACCGCUUCUAUUCCAUUCUGUGGAUCUGGGUGGUUUUGCAUUCUUAUUGACACUUUAAUCAAGUCGGAGAUCUACAGCGACUAUGUCCAGGAACACUUGGCUCCAAGUGGCUAUCUUAAAAUCCCAACUGACAUUGAUACCUAUCUGAAAGGAUGCCAUUUUCUCCCCAAGCUUAAUAAUGAAAUUGUUGAAGAGAGAAAUUCCACUUACAAGGAAAGAUUUGCAAGUAUAGAUAAUUUGGUACUUAUAAUGUUUGAGCAUGAUACUAUCGUUGUACCUAAGGAAACCUCCUGGUUUGGAUAUUAUCCGGAUGGGACCUUUGAUCCAGUUCUACCUCCACAAGAGACAAAGCUAUACACUGAAGAUUGGAUUGGUUUGAGAAAUUUAGAUGAAGCUGGGAAAGUCAAAUUCAUUAGUGUACCAGGAAAUCAUCUACAAAUCUCAAGAAAUGACAUGAAAAAGUAUAUAGUACCAUAUCUGGUCCAUGAUUUAUCAACACAACCAAGCAUAAAAAAGUCUUCAUCUUAUAAUCGGUUUUCCUCAAUCUGGAACAAGCUCUUGGAAUUGGCUGCAUUUACAGAGGGUUAGCGAUUACUUGCAGUCCGUUGAGUAUUGUUCUUUAUUCAAUAAUUUAUAAUGGAGAAGUUAGUAACAGAAAAUCUUCAAUUUAACACUUUACAAUGGACACAUUUACCACGAAUAUGAUGCAAUUGUUAUAUAUUGGUGUGAAAAAUUUGGACCUACUUUCAUGGUGUUGUAUUAUGGCAUCAUAGUGAUUAAUCACAUUUUAUUUUAUUUGGAAAA